CCCCGUACUAUUUCGCAACCAUUAAUUGACUCUGCUUAGCCCAAGUCAUUGACUCUGCUUUCUCCCACAGCACACAAUGGCUAUCCACUUCUCUGCUCCCGUCGAAGCAGGAACCACCGCCUACAGUGACAAGAUCACGCUCUUCGUCGUCCUCUCCUGCGUCACCGCCGUCAUGGGCGGUGUCAUCUUCGGCUACGAUAUCGGCGUCUCAGGCGGAGUGACUUCCAUGGAGGCGUUCCUGGAGAAGUUCUUCCCGGCGGUGUACGCCCGGAUGCGGGGCGACACGCGCGUGAGCAACUACUGCAAGUUCGACAGCCAGCUUUUGACGGCCUUCACGUCCUCACUCUACGUCGCCGGGCUCUUCGCCACCUUCGCCGCGGCGCCGGCCACGCGGGGCCUGGGACGCAGGCCGACGAUGAUCGUCGGAGGGGUGUCCUUCUUCGCCGGCGCCGCGCUCGGAGGCGCCGCCACCAGCAUCUACAUGGUCAUCGUCGGCAGGGUGUUGCUCGGCAUCGGCCUAGGAUUGACCAAUCUGGCAGUUCCGCUUUACCUGUCGGAGAUGGCGCCCCCUCGCUACCGCGGCGCCUUCAACAACAGCUUCCAGUUCAGCAUCGGCAUCGGCGCUCUCUCCGCCAGCCUCGUCAAUUACGGCACCGAGAAGAUCCCCGGCGGGUGGGGGUGGCGCGUCUCCCUAGCCCUUGCUACUGUGCCGGCGUUCCUCCUCUCCCUCGGCGCGCUCUUCCUACCGGAGACGCCCAACAGCCUCCUGCAGCAGGGCGGCGACCCACUCGCCGCCAAGCGCGUCCUCCAGAAGAUCCGCGGCGCCGCCGACGUGGACGCCGAGUUCGAUGACCUAGUUGCGGCCGCCGACGCCUCCCGAGGGAUCCGGCGCCCCUUCUGCCAGAUCCUCCGCCGCGAGCAUCGCCCCCACCUCGUAAUGGCCGUCGCGAUCCCCUUCUUCCAGCAGGUGACUGGCAUCAACGUCAUCGCCUUCUACGUGCCGGUGCUGAUCCGCACGAUCGGCCUCGGGGAGAGCACCGCGCUGUUGUCGGCCGUCAUGACCAGUGUCGUGGGCUCCGCAUCGACGUUGAUCUCGAUGUUCGUCGUCGAUCGGGUGGGGCGGCGGGCGCUCUUCCUCGCCGGGGGAAUCCAGAUGCUGGUGACCCAAGUGAUGAUUGGGGGAAUCCUGGCGAGACAGUUGGGGGACGAAGGAGGGGUGAGCCGGGGCUACGCCUACCUCCUCCUUGUGCUGAUCGCCGUGUACGUCGCCGGAUUCGGAUGGUCGUGGGGGCCGCUCGGCUGGCUGGUGCCCAGCGAGAUAUUCCCAUUAGAGAUCCGGUCAGCGGGGCAGAGCAUCACCGUGGCGGUGAACUUUCUGUUCACCUUCGUGGUGGCGCAGACGUUCCUGGCGAUGCUGUGCCGCAUGAAGUCGGGGAUCUUCUUCUUUUUCGCCGGAUGGCUGGUGGCGAUGACCGCGUUCGUAUACUGGAUGCUGCCGGAGACGAGGAAUAUUCCGAUGGAGCAGAUGGGGAAGGUGUGGAGGGAGCACUGGUUUUGGAAGAAAGUCGUUGGAGGAAGCCAAGGAGCGGAUCCCAAAAUGAAUGAUCUGUCAUAAAAGAAAAGUAUAAAACACAUAUUCAUGACAAAUUGCCAACUAAUUUAAUAAAAUAAUUCAACUUAAAAAAAUACUUAAAAUAUGUUUCUACCUAAAUCAUGAUUUUUCUUAAAUAUCUUUCGACCUAAAUCAUGAAUUUUAUUUUUAAAAUAUGUUUCACUAUUUUAUGAAUUAGUCUAACUCCUUGAAUACUGUAUCCAACC